CAUCUACCAUCGCCAAGAUGGCGUCCGACUUCACUUUCACCCCCAACUUUGACUCCCCCUCAACACGGCGCUAUCGUAGUCGUAAGGCUUGCGAUCUCUGUCGUCACAAAAAGCGACGAUGCAACCACCAACUCGGGCUGUAUCCAGGUCCGAACUCUGCGGCCGGGAGAGAGUAUGUGUUUUGCUUCAUGUCGCCUAAUUCCAACAAUCGGGUACGCAAGGCCCCUCGCAAUCCAAGGCCAAAUCCGGCAACCAUUCGAGCCAGUCCGACACAGCACUCGCAUGACAGAUCGUCCCCGGUCCCUCCACGGAGUCCACAGUUGGCUCGGACAGGCCAGGUUGCCGAAGAGCAAUUGCAGACGGUGGCCGCCCCAUCAUCACCGCGCUUUGUCGGUGAUUUGAAUCCAGAAGCCCGUCUGCUCGACGAGACGACCUCUCCCGAAGACGCGCAGGACAUGACGCCUGGCGAAGUCGGCGUAUGGAUUCGACCACAGCCCUCCAGUAACGGUGGUGCAAGCAGGGAUCGACGUAAUCUCCUUGCUCGGUACAGGCCUUCCACAAUAGGCUCGGAGCCUAUCUAUCCACCCAUCUCCAAUCUUCUGUCAGAGGAGACAAUAAAACAGCUGUCAGAUAUAUACUUUGCCAACAUACAUCCGCUCAUUCCGGUUUUAAAUAAGGAAGAAUACUUGGAGUUGUUUUCACAGCGGUCGGUUCCAACACCACUGGUACAUAUUGUGUGCUUGCUCGCUGCAAAAGACCAUAGUGCGUCGAAUUAUUUAAAGCUACUCCAUUCUGGUGAUACCGUCAUAUCAGUCCGACAAUUCUGCAGUCAGCUAUACAUCUCCAUCUGCUCAGCUCUCUCUCAACGCCCGGCCAUCAAGAAGGUAAUACUUAUGCGCAUUUACGGGCUGCUCUCACUCCACCAAGAAGGAUCCGAUGGCGCCGAACAAUCGUCAAGCUACAUGGCUCAAGCCACACACUCUGCCCAGUCACUGGCGCUACAUCAGCCGCGACCAGGAGACGCUGACAAUGACCUCAAACGCACCUUCUGGUGUCUCUGGACUCUAGACCGGCUGAACGCUGCGACUAAUUCCAGGCCGUGUCUCAUGGCCGAUAUGGACAUCGCUGUCCUAGAUAUCCUACCGCAUGAGACGGGCUACACAGCAUUCAAUGUGCUCUUCCGUAUUGUCAAAUGCCUGAACAUGGUAAUCGUCCUAUAUAGACCCAAAGCAGCUGACCUGGGCUCCGGAUUAGACUCCGACUUCCCAUCCUUCGAACAGAUCAUGGACGAGAUGCACGCGUGGCAGCUCUUGCCCUCUACAAUAGCCACCCUACACAUCUUCUACCACACAACCGCCAUCCUCGCUCAUCGCCUGAAAACAAUAACCACCCUCCCCUCCCCCACCCCCUCACGGCUCCGCCAACAACUCUCCGCAAUCCAAGUAAUCCGGUACAUGCGCGACCCAACCCGCCUGAACGCCCUCUGCCCCCUUCCAAUCGUCGUCUACGCCACCUCCCUCGCCCUCUCCGUUUCUUACCAGCAACUCCGCUACAGCCGGCUGCCCAGCGACCAAGAAGACGCUCGAGCAGACUUCACGACGGCAUGCGGGAUAUUGCAGGAGCUACGACGCACGUGGGCAUCCGCGGAUGCAAUGGCGCUACUUACGCAGCGGAUCUCAGCCGCGUUGAAUGAAUUGCCGAGUUUGGAUUUGUUGAGGGUAGGGCAUGUCGUGCACCGGGCUGAUCAACCGGUACCGCCGGAAGACCCGCCGCUACAUGUUGACGCGGAGCUUCCACCACUCGAGGCCAUGGAUUUGUUUUCUGGCAUGGAUGAUGUAUCCUGGAUGUAUCUUGACGCGGAGAAUCCGGUGAAUUUUGAUGGGUUUCCGUUUGCCGCGGGCGGGUCUGAGCCCUUAUUGUAACAAAAACAAAUUAAGAGGAAGGCAAUCUCCAUACUCUGGAAUCCUUGCUCUAUCUAGCCUGGUUAAUGGAUGACUUGAAAUUCUUGCAACUCGAUGUAUUAGUCGGUAUUGAUUGUCUCGUUCUUCCAACAAAG